UGGUCGGAAGCAGACAAAGCUUCUAGUAACAGAGCAAGCAAAUCUUCUACCGGACGUGAAAAAGAUUCGUUCUUUCCGUUUUUUAUUUUUUGUUUUUGGUUUUUCUCGAGUCAAUUUCACUUUGACUGUGAUGAUACUUUCCUCCAUGUAAAGAGCAAAGUUUCUACAGAAUUACGCCUAAAGUAAUUUGUAUUUAAGUUUUUUACUCCAAAAUUACAGCGCUCGUUAAAAAUGAAAAGUCACUAACAUCAGAAAUGGGUUCUGUGCAGAAAAAGUUUCUCGCUUUUUACAUUUUACUACUUGCCUAGAUCUGUAGUUCUUCAAACCCUGGUAUGUUUGGCCUAUGAACCCACCUGGGUUUGCCAAAUUUGCCUCAAAAAUCACUACCCAUUAUCAAAAGCUGGGGGUUUUGGCCAGCAAUUUGUUGUUCAAGAUUUCAAGUGAGCUAUACAGCUUUUGCUUCUAUUGUUUCAAGAAACCAACAAGUCUGUACUGUGUAGAAGAAGCUCUCUUUCUCUCAAUCUCUUCACAAGUUCUCAUCUUUUUCUGAGGCCCAGUUCAGAUUUUGUUGGCAAAAAUCAGAAGCAGAAGCAGAGAUGUAUGAGUUGUUGAUCCCGGUUGUGAUUGCUGAGGCAGUUGUGGCAUCUCUUAUGUUGCUCAAGAUUGGGCCAUUGAGAGAGCUUGUGUUGAAGAUUCUGGAUCAGCUCAAAGUGGGUAGCGGCCCAGUCACUCUCAUUGGCAUUGCUGGCACCAUGGGUGUGAUUCUCCUAUCAAGAUUCAUUAGCAUUAUCAAGAUGCAGAACAAAGGUGAAAAGCUUGGGACCAUGUCACCCAUGGAUCAGGUUCUAUAUAGAACACACAUCCUUGAAGCUUCAUUAAUGUCUUUUGCUGUAUUUCUUGGAUUCAUAAUUGAUCGGACGCACGAUUAUCUUACAAAGCUUGAUGGGUUGACCAGUACAGAAGAAGAAGUUGAGAGGCUUCAGAAAGAAAAGGCGCAGCUUACUGAAAAGGAAGAGAAGUCUUCCAAGGAAAUCAAGCAGCUGCAAGACAUAGUUGCAACUCUAUCAGAGAAUUUGAAGAAGCUGAAGUUGGAGUGCGUGGAGAAAGAUAAAGCUGUUGAAACUGCUGAAUCCCAUGUCACAUCGCUCCAGAAACAAGCUGCAGAUCUACUUCUUGAGUACGACCAUUUGUUAGAAGACAACCAAAAACUUCAGGCUCAGUUUGCAGGACAUAAGAGAUGAAGAAAAAGCCGAAAAACUGAAUAGCGACCGUUCUAAUUUGGGAAACAUUUUUGUCUUCUCCUACCAGAAAUGAUCAUUAUUCGGCUGGAAAUGGGGAAUGUUAAAAAUUUUGUGAUGCUCAAGAAAGUGGAAUUUGCAAUCUGGCCAUCUUUGUUUUGUUCUAUGGUUUUCCGUUUUAGUUGAAUAUAUCUUUUUUCUAAUGAAUACUAGGUAUCAAGGCAGUCCAAUUCGAGAUAACUAAG